AUGUCCCGGUGGACAUCUGUGUUCAGUGGAGGAUGGGGAUCCAGAAAAGGGAGCUGUGCUGGGGACACACACCUGGGGGUCUGGGAGGUGGAAGCAGCCACCCAGAGAGGACAGGGAAGAGAAGCUGGGCCACCCCUGAAGAGCCUCCGCCAUCAGCCUGGGGUACAGGGGUUCAGAGAGGCUGAGAACCCGGGAAGCCAAACCGGAGACGGUGCUUCAAGAAGAAAAGAUAGUUCAAAUAAAGUGAGGACGGAAAAUCUAUUGAAGGUCAUAGUGACCUUGAAAACUUCAGGAGAGCGCUGGGGACAGAACGGUCUAGAAAGGGGGAACACCCCUCCCACAUGA